AUGAGGACAUGGCCAAAACCAACUAAUCAGACGGAGCUCCGCCGUCUUCUAAGCUUGGCAAACUACUACAGGCGUUUUGUCAACGAUUUUGCUAAGAUCUGCAGUCGACCACAUAAAUUAAUCGAAAGACAGGCGAAAAAGAAUUUCAAGUUGGAGGAAGCGCAUGAUGAAGCAUUUAAAGGACUGAAGCGAAUGCUCUACUCCGCACCGAUCCUAGCACUGUCCAACUUUGAAUCGGACGCUCCACCACUUGUACUGCAUACGGACGCUAGCGACAUAGACGUAGACGGUGUACUCUCACAAAGGGACAAAGAAGCGAAGGAAUAG